AUGGAUCCUAAAGUGGUGGGGGAUGAAUUUGCAAAGCAGUACUAUCUCAUCUCGAAAAGUCUCCCGCAUGAGCUCCAUCGGUUUUAUACAGAUGCCAGCUAUAUUGGGAGGCUUAUUGGACAAGAUAGAGUGAUGCGUGUAUCCACCUUAUCGGAUAUAGGUGAUAAUAUUAAUGUGCUAUCUUCUGGAGGUUUUGACUCGGCUGAGGUAACAAGUAUCGUUUCCCAAGACUCUGAAGAUGGGAAUGUCAUGGUCGAUGUCGGUGGCUACUUCACUUUUAAAGAGACGCUUGAAAGGAGCUACUUCACCCAAACUUUCAUUCUUUAUCUACAAGAGGAAAAGCCGAAGAAUGUCUACAUUGUUCUAAAUGACAUUCUCAGAUUUCAUAACCGACGCCUUCCUCCUGUUGCAGAGAGAGUUUCUGAACCAAAUGAUGGACUUGGAGAUGUUUCCAAGAUAUCUGAUGCCUCUCCUGCGAUACAAGAUGAUCAAGCUCAACAUCCUCCUGCACGACAACCUGCUAAAGCGGUGGGGGAUGAAUUUGCAAAGCAGUACUUUCGCCUCUUGCGUGAGUUUCCGCAGCAUCUUGAUAAGGUUUAUCAAGAUAACAGUCAGAUUGCACGGCCUGUAGAGGGUGGAAUGAUGCGCGUCUUCACCUUCUCGGAGAAACAUGAGAAUCUUAAUAUGCUAUCUUCUGGAGGUUUUGAUUCGGCGGAGGUAACAUGUAUCACUUCAACAGACUCUCAAAAUGGGGGUGUCUUGGUCAUUGUCAGUGGCUACUUCACUUUAAACAUGAGACGUGAAAGGGACUUCAUGCAAACUUUCUUUCUUGCUCCCCAAGAAGCACCCAACAGCUACUUUGUUUUCACCGACAUCUUCAACUUUGUUGAUAACGAUGGAAGAGUUGUUUCUGGGGAAGACUCUAAAGCAUCCAUUCUUUCUGUUAAUGAUGCUGCGUUGACUGAGGAGUGUUCAUCAGUUCACGUACGAAGUAUUCCUCCAGGUGGAAGAAACAUUCCGGCGAUUAGGGAUGCAUUUAAGAGGUUUGGACGAAUAAAAAAUGGGGGAAUUCGAAUUAUAAACCCUGGUUGGAACUAUUGCUAUGCCUUUGUGGAGUUUGAGGAAGCAAAUGCCGCCAAGAGAGCAAUAAAGGCGUCUCGUGUGUGGAUUGCUGGGCGAUUAGUUGAAGUGAGCAAACCGCGAAGUCAAGGUUUCCUUGAACAGAGGAAGACUCACGAGGAAGAAGAAGCGAGUAUGAUGCUUCAGGGAGGGACAAGCGAGCAAUUGGGAGAUUUCGACUUAUGGGACUGGCUCAAAUCAAUGCAGGUGGAGAGUAUUCUUCACGGAGAUUGCCGUGUUGGGGACUAUUCGCAGUCGCAGGUCAUGGAGGAGCAUCGCAAGUUUCUGGAGGAGUUACAGAGAAAACACGAUGAUGAGAACCAAAACUGAACCUCCUGUCCUGACUAGUUUUGUAAAUAGAGUGUGGAGCUAACAAAACUGAACCUCCUGUCC